UUUUCGCCAAGUGUACCGACAGAAUCGCCGAUUCUUAUCGCGAGCCGUUGGAGAAGCCGCGAUCACGUUUCCGCAAAACUCCCCGCGUUACGUGCGACUCGCCGAUCCGCUCGGGGAACGAGAUUUGACAGAGAAAAUUGCGGACGCCGAUCAGACGCGAUUGCACCGCGCGGAAAUAUAUAGGUUGGCAGCCGGCCGUAAACGGAGUGAAAGCUCUAAUUAGCGGGCGGAGAGCUUUCACCCGCUUUUCAGAUCGGCUUCUCUCAACGUAGACGACGCCCGGCAACGAGCGUUAAACGAUCGGAAGGUGUCAAAUCGCGGACGUUGCCACUGCUGUUUGGCGUUAUUAAGCCCCGAACACGGAUAUGCGAUCGUGCCCUUCUCUCAGGGUGUGAUAUAAUAAAGCUCGACGAUGUUUAAUUAAAGCAGUUUACAAUGAAGAGGGGAAGGAGAUACGCGUGCUGUGUCACGAGCGACGAUAAACUCGAUUUCUAUACAAAAAGAAAGAAAGAACAUACUUGUUUUGAAAGUAUCUUUAGUUUUGACGUUUAAAUUUUACAAUAAAGUUACGUACAGAGAAAAUAUUACAGUUCCUUUUCAUGUAAAUUCUUCGCAAUUUUAAAAUGAUUUUAAUAAUGCGGAAAUAGACUGCCAGUAGGGUCCAUCUUGUUGACGAACAUAGAAUAUUCUGCUACAAAAAUGCUGCUAGAUACAGCAAAUUCUUUAAUGUACCUUUCAUUUCCUGAAAUAUAUAAGUGGCAUGUAUGAGAUAAAAAUACAGUCAAUUACAGAACGACAGAAUGUCGAUGUGCUCCUCUGUUACAAAGUUCUAAUUUUUACUAUAAAAUUUUCUCUCCAUGUAGCAUUAAACGAAGAUAAGCAACUUGCAUUAAUACAUUUUGUAUAAUUGAACAAAGAAAAAUAUAUUACAAUCAUUAAAGCAUAACAUAUUUUAAACUGAGAAUAUGAUGUUUUUAAGCGUCGGGAGAAGAUAUAUCAUUAUCACCAAAAUAAUCACAUUUAUUGUGAGACUAUUAUAUUUAAAUAAAAUUAUAACAUUACUUUUCAAGACUUGCAAUUCAAGACUUUGCAUAUCGUUGCUUAUGUAUAAAACAAUGAUUAUUAAUUUGAAUACAUUAGUUUUAAGUGGCUACUAAUUUUCAUUUUUGCGUAUGGUCGUGCAGCACCGAAAGUAAUUUUUUUUUAAGGCUGCACAUUACGCCGACAUGAUCAAUUCGAAUUGUCUCCUAAAUCUCAUUGGAAAGAAAAAUAUCUUAAGUUAAAAAAAAACUAAAAAAAAUAUCUGGAUAUCUGAAUGUAUAUCGGAAUAAGCAAGAAAAACGGUGUGGAAAAGAGAUCGUUACGAACGCUCCACUCUAUUUCGCGUUUGUUGCCCAGUUGCGUAUAUUCAAUCGGAGAAAUACACAGUGCGACAGUUAUUGGAUCCCCUUCUUACGAUGGAAUAUAACUCCCACGUUCAAUCUUGCGGAAUGUGUCGCGAACAGCAUGAGACUUAUCGGGAGAAGCGGAAAUCGCGGCGAACGGUGUAAAAAGACGAAAUAUCGAACGAUUGCCGAACGUAAUCGAAUCAUCUAGCUUGUCGAGAGGAAGGAGAAGUUUCACGAUUCCGUCGCGAAUUAUACCCAGCCGGCUGCGAAAAUCCCCGACGAAUCGACCGAUUAGUUGAUUUGUGAGACGUAGUUUUGCAAUUUUCCCGGAAUAUCGACCCCUUAUUGCGCCGCACACACGAAGGACACAUGUCGAUGGCGUUUGCAGUCCAACGCGCGACAGGUCUGCGUAUCCCUGCAUUUGAACGAUGUUGUUUGCAUUUUGAUAUUUUGAUUGUCACACUAAUUAUCAUACCAGUCACAAAACAACAUACGCAAACAACGCUGACAUCUCGGUCCUAUUUUUGAUUUUACGAUAUUAUCGGGACAUUGACAUCUCUUGUAAUGCCAAUAAAACCGGACAUGAUACGUGUGAUAUAAUUGGUAUAUGUGUUGGCUCUUUAAGAAGAAAAAAGAUACAUGCAAAUAAUUUAGGUCUGCGAAUUUAGCUGCCCGAAGUGCGAAUUUUUACGAAACUGACAUGGUAUUCGUAUAUCGACGAUUUGUCCACGUUUGCUUAAAAAUAAUUUCGUUUUGUCCACUCCUUCCCAGAAAAGUUACAACCAAAUAAAAAAAUGAUAUUAACAUUUAUUACUAUUGUCGUGAAUAUCCCUAAAAAUGUUUUUUUCAAAUUACAGCUAUGUAAUAACAAUUACAUUGUUAGUACAUGGAUAAGUGUGAAGAAAUCGUAGAGAAACGAAUGUCAGUUUCGCAAAAAUUCGCAUUUUAAGGAGCUGACUUUAUAGACCUGAAUAAUUUCUACCGACGCGCGUUUGCAGUCUUACGAAAAACUGACCCGACGCAGCAUCAGAUCCUCUGCAACAUGAUAUCACCGACGAUGUUAACCUAAUGAACCUCGCAAGACACGCCGAAGAUCCAAACGGGGAAAGAGCCGGGAGUGACGAGUGAUGGAAGUGAGCAGGGAAUUCGUUAACUGUGGGAAGGAGAAGAAAAGUGACGCGGAGAGGUAAAGGGGGUGAGUCCACGGCGACGGCAGCAGCAGGAGGGAACUCGGAAGGAGCUAUGAUAAAUUAAACGAGCACUCGAGCAUGUGUACGCGUAGUGUAUGUGUGGCAAUGAGAUGAACGUAGGUGGAUAGUGUAGGUGCACGCUGUGUUUUCGCACGAGGUUCCCAUUCAAGAUGCGACAUAUUUUCAUGCCAGCCGUGCGCGAGCCGUAAAAAUAACGUUUGCAUUUAUAUCGCAAGACAAAGGUGAAUUUUUCACUGUUGGAGAACGCCGGGUAAGCCUACGAAGUUGCACGAAAGUUGCUCGCGAAAAGCCAUACAGUCGUGUGAAAGCUCUCGCGUUACGAUAAAGAGAGAAAACCCCGUUGUUUCCGAGUGUAACGAGUUCGCGAGUACAGGUAACAAAAACGUAAACGAACAAGCGUAAGCUCUCUCUCGCCCUUUCUUUCUCUCUCUCUCUCUCUUUCUCUCGCUCUCUCUCUCGACUGGCCGAUUCCUACGUGAGAGCGGUUAAAUGAAGAAACGAUUGAAAACCGUCGAGUAACGAUUAGCGACAAGCGUUGGCGAUCAAGGACUCUAAUUUUCCAAUUUCAGAAGAGUCAACAAAAAGAGAGAGAUAGGAAGGGAAGGGGCGAAAAAGAGUCAGUUGCAACAACGAGCCCGGGCGCGAAGCGACGAGAUGCAAACUUAUUCGCUGCAUUUCUCCGCCACUUUGGGCAAUCGUUACCCUUUAUCUUUCGCGUCGUCAUGAAACUCGCUGGAUCGUCGUCGUCGUCGCGGCAAAGUUUGCUCGUUGUGAAUUUCCACCGGUACACCCGUCCACUGGAGGAUCGUAAUUCUUCGUCGAAUUAGACUACCUCCUUUACCGCUCUCUCUUGCGUUGUUAAUGUCACACCGUGAAGAAGUCUCAAGGGAAUGCAUUUUCUUGUUCGCCGUAGUCAAUUGCGAUCACGCCCGAGAGGCAAUGUGCCUCGAUGCGAGCAACGACUCGCCGUGCGGUACGAGUUCAUGAAGGAAGUGCAAUGUCCCUUUCGCUUGCUUGUCGUAUCGACAAAUUGUUCACUCAUCGCGGCUUCAUUAUGUGUCGUUAGCGUGUCGUUCAAAGUCAAAUAUCAUUAAACAUAAUCGGGCUCCACAAUUGGGACACCGUUUUCAGUGUAUUCAUGAGGACCAUAUUUGCAACGGUAAGAAAUCCAUCUUCAAAGAAAUGUGGAGCAUAGAUCGUCUCGGACCCUCCGCCAAGGUUGAGUACCAAGAACUGUUGCGAUGGCGCAUUAAAUGUAUUUAGGUAGCGAGGAAGUGGGGACUUAGUCGGUUUAAUGUUAGUCAGUGUCACACUGCCACUGACAACCGUCGAUAGUUGAGUGGAGCGUUUCUGGGCGUAGUUGAAAACGUGUGUGCCGAGCGUUGCAGCAGUCGCAUCUCGAAUGUGUCGACUAAUAUUUUCUUUUUCGCUGUAACUGAGGACAGCGUGCGUCCACUCGACAGGACUGAGAAAAGUGCGACAGAUUGUGAUUCGAAGAUGGCUGAGGAAGCUACCGCCACACCCAGCCUCUUUUCGAGAUUACAGAAGCAUCUAAAGGAGGCACCGUUUUUCUGCAAAAUCAUCGAACUGGUACUGUGCGUCGUUGCGACGGGAUUAGUGGCAGGUCCGUUCCAACAGAAUCAGAUGCGGCCGAGUGACAUACACCACAUAGCGAUAUUUCACGUGGCAGUGUGCGGUUACAUUCUCAUAAACGCGAUUCUCAUUAUGAGCCAUUUAAUGGGCGAACGAUUGCCGAAGAAGACGUCUCUCAUGUUCACGACGAUGGGGGCGAUCUUAUGCUGCACCGCUGGCCUCAUUCUGAUUCGCGACUGGGAUAAUUUCUCGUCUAAUUUGAUUCAUGCGUAUCUGGAGGCAUACAGCGACCAGACUGUGGCAGCCGGUUCCUUCGCGAUCUUGGCAGCCUUGGUAUUCGCCGUGGACACGUACUUCACCAACAAGUACGACUGAUCAGCCUGAAAAUCCCGAUCGUCACGGAUAUUCGCGGGAGCGACACGAAAUAUUAAUAGACCGCUUCGUACGUCCAGUUGUCCGUUUCGACAAAUAAAAAUAUAAGAAUAUCGAUACGCUAAAUAUAUUAUAUUCCGAGAGUUUUUCUCUGCUGAGUCGUAGUGUUAAUAAAGGACUUUUUUCAGCCUUUC